AUGAUUUCCAGCUCCAAUAGCCUCUUUGGGCUGUUCAGCUGCGCCGUUGUCAACGCUGGUCUCGCUCAUGCUACGCCUGACGUGAUCACUCGCGACACGGUCAUCCUGGGAGGUGGCAGUAGUGGAACAUAUGCUGCUGUGCGCUUGAAAGAUCUAGGCAAAUCGGUGAUCAUCGUCGAACGUAACGAUUACUUCGGCGGACACGGAGAGACCUUCUAUACUGCCGACGGCCGACCCAUCAAUUACGGAGUCGAGGGCUUCUUCAACACCAAUAUCACCCUCGACUACCUGGCCCGCCUCAAUGUCCCAUACGAGGUACGGGUACCUGCCUCUUUGCAGGAUGAAUAUGUCAACCUGCGAACCGCGUGGGUCGACGCCAUUUCCCAGUUUAACACGCUCAAGGACGGGGUCUACCGGUUUCCCGACCCCAUCCCAGAAGAUCUCCUCAUCACCUUUGGCGAGUUUGUCGAGAAAUACCACCUCGAGAACUCGGUGCAGGCUGUUUUCUCGCACGGCUCCGGUAACAGCCUCAAACUACCCACUUUAUAUGUUAUCCAGUACAUUGGAGUCCCUCACGCCGCCGCUUUACGAGAGGGCUAUCUCCGGCCCGUGAACGGCAUCGCAGACCUGUACACGCGAGCCCGAACCAUUCUCGCGCCCGACGUGCUCUACCAAACCAUGGCAGAGAAUGUCACCCAGUCCUCCAACGGUGUGGAGAUGCUCGUCCUGUCCUCCAACGGCAGAAAGACCUUGAUCCAAGCCAAAAACAUGCUUGUCACCAUCCCACCGACCCUCCACCACCUCACCGGGUUCGACCUGACUUUUGAAGAGACCAACCUAUUCUCCAAAUGGAAAUACCAGUCCUACUACGCUCUAAUCAUCAACGAAACCGGCCUCCCAGAUACCACCAACAUCGUCAAUAUCGACCCCGACAAGACGGAAAACCCGUACUCCAUCCCAGAAGAGCCCUUUAUCUGGCGUAUCGACGCGCAGCGCGUCCCGGGAUACCGCACCAUCAAGCUCGUCGGCAAUGAGCAGUUUUCUCCGGAUGAUGCGAAGGCGCUCCUCUAUGACACUUUUGAGCGGAUGGCGGCGGAGGGCACGUACCCCACACAGAGGCCGGAGAUCGUUAGAUGGGGGUGUCACACGCCUGUUACCAUGAUGGUGACGCCUGAUGAGAUCCGGCAGGGCUUCUAUGAGCGCUUGUAUGAGCUGCAGGGGCAGAGGAGCACGUUUUACACGGGGGCAGCGUGGUGCUCGGAUUAUUCCACUCUGCUGUGGGGGUUUACGGAUGGAGUAGUGGAUCGGAUUAUAGGAUGA